AUGGUAAGCGCCGUUGUAGUCAUAUUGUCCCUGGUUCUCCUUUACGCACAGUAUUUCCAGGCCAAGUCGACAAAAAAAUAUGAAUACAUCAACCUGCUGUCCAGCAAGGACUACACGGACAAAAUAAGAGAACUGAAAAAAUACAGCAUACAAGAGAAAAAUGCGCCAAUUAAAAAUAAAUAUAUUUUCUCCUGCUAUGGAAGUUCAGGGUACCAUAAAAGAAAAUUUUUGGAAAAUUUAUUCAACGUAUCCCCUGAAAGAAACAAUUUGAUCAAUUUGGGAUUUAAACAAAAAAUUGACGUAUGGUUUGGGAAGGACCAAAAUAACAACUUGAACGUGGUGCUGGAUGUGGACUUGCUACAGAACAAGGAAUUUUACGAGGAGAAUGAGACAACCAUAUAUGACUUUAACAAAUUAAUCAACUUUAUUGUUGAGUCAACCAACAGCGUCAUUGUGCCAUUGGCCAGUGACGACAUACACUACAGCCAAGUUCACAACAAAGGGGAAGAGAAAAACUCAACGGAACAGAAAACCCAUUCUGUAAAAGACAGCGAACAACAACAGGAAAAAAAAAAAACAGUUACCUUUGUUUUACCAAAAAAGGUGGAAAUAUUUUUAAAUCAAUUAAAUGAAAAGGGGACAGAUAUACAUGUCUAUUUUGUGUUAAUAAAUGCCGAAGCCAGUGGGUGGGGAAGAAAAAAAAAAAUCUUUGAUAAGGAUAUACUAUGUGAACAAUUCAACAAGGAAUUAAAAGAAACAUAUCCUAAUUUGAAGAAUAUUCACUUAAUGAAACAGAACAAAGUCGAUAUUUCCCUUUUGCAAAAAAACAACAUAAAUAAAUACACCUUUUUCGUGAAUAAGCUAACAAAUCUGGUAAAAGAGAUGAAAAAUUUUGAAAAUUUUUGCCCCUUUAAUGAGAAAUGUGUGUACAAUAUUUACGUAAUUGAAGAGUCAUACAAUAAGACGCUAAACAAUUUUGAUGAAAUAAUUAACGAGUACGAACAGGAAAUAACACAGGGAAAAGUCAUUCCAAACUAUGGUCAGCUUGCUUCCGACUUGAUAAAAAAUUUGCUGCUCUUUUUUCACAUAUUAACUUUUGAACAAGUGGGCACCAAAUUUAAAGACACCGUUUUCGAAAAAUUGCAGCAACGCUUUUUGGCUCUGAUACGUAAACAAAUAGUUAAGCAGAUCGUCCUCAUUGAAAAGGAAAUUAUUAACAAGGGGAGAGAUGCCAUUUUAAAUGAGCAACAUGUUAAGAGGGACAAAAAUUUACUCGAGAACAAGGAUGAAAAAAUUGCAGAAUUAAAAAAAUCGCUAGUUAACACAUUCAAGCAAGAAGUUAAUAAAUUAAUUCCAGCCGGAUAUUUUAAUCAACCAAAUGAUAUUUUUAGCACCUCCAUAAUUACACAAUUUGAAGAACAGUUUGGUGAAAAGCUUGAACAGACACUACACAAUUAUUUCCAGUUAAAUCAGAGCCCUUUAAAGAAAUUAUUUGAGAAAAAAAAAAUGGCACAACAGGGAUUGUCCAAGAAAAACAAGUGGAUUAACCCUUCCCUUAAUUUUAACUUAACCCUAACUUCACUCAUUAGGAAAAGUGGAUAUGGAAAUUUGCAGAGCUACUUUAUUUACGACUUGGGCAUGCUCACCUUCGUCUUUGGGUUGCUCAAUGACAGGGACACCCCCGAGGUGCAGCAGCAGGGCUAUAAGGUGCCCUUCUUCAAGUUCCAACCCAAGGUCAACCUUAAGCUCAAUUUUAACUAG